GACGUCAAUCAAUUGCUGCUUGUGAUUUUGUGAUUGUGAUUGGUAUUUGACGCUACGUUGCUCAUCGUGCUUAGUUUUAUUUAAAUUCCUAUGAAAAGCUGUAUGAAAUCUAUAUAAAAUGACUGAUAAAGUGUUAAAAAAACCUAAACCUGCGGAACCCUCGGCAUUGGGAAAACUGUACCUGUUGUCCUACAAUAUAAUUCAAACAAUAGGUUGGUUUUAUUUAUUAUGGCAGUCGUUAGUUCACUUUUUGAACCGUGGGACACUUACAACAUUCUGGGAUGAAGUAAAAUGGACAAUAGUCAUAUUUCAAAAUGCUGCAAUUUUAGAGGUGGUGCACGCGGCCUUAAGAUUGGUGCCGUCCGGUGUUAUGGUGGUACUUAUGCAGGUGUACUCUCGCGUGUUCCUCGUGUGCGGGGUGCUGCUAUAUUCGACUUUCCUUGUAUUGUAUCCUCUCGGGAUAACAGGAGAGUUACUAUGUAUGUAUCAUGCUCUCGACGAAAUAGCUUCUAAGCAGUUAUUCACAGUGCUAAUGCCAAACACAUGGAACUUCAUAUUUAAUUACUAUUAUUUCGUAAUAUCCUAUAUGUUUAUCUAUAUUCCCAUAUUCCCGGUGUUAUUCGGACACAUGUUGAAGCAGAGAAAAAAAAUGCUAAACAAAGAUAUUAAAAAACAAGUAUAAAUGAAUUGUUGACAGGCUUUAUUUCGUAGGCAAAUUAAAUGUUUUCGUUAUAAGUUACUUUAUUCACAGUUUUUAUUUAUUUUCAGUAGCAAUUAUACCUAUUAAUAUAAGGAAAUAAUAAAAAUGUAACUUUUCAAUCACGUCAUAUUUUUAACGAGGCACGUAGCCGAUAGCGUCAAAUAUUUAAUUUUGUAAUGUAAUCAUACUAAAACUGAAUAAAUCUACAUUUAAAUUAAGAAUUAAAUGCAUUUUUGAAGGUUAAAUAUUUCUUUAUAAUAUAAUUGAAUAUAUAUUUAAGGUAAAUCGGAUAUUUUGUUAAUUAGUAAGUACUUGCGUAUAGACGCUAAAAAUACGGGACGCUGGAAUAGUAAUUUAUGUUUUUUUAGUUAUUUAUAUUCUGCAUUUGAAUUGUUCGGGUUAUGGGCAAUGAGGUUGAAUGAAUACAUAUUUUUU